AUGGAUAUUGAAUCAAAAGAAAACAGUUAUUCCGGAUUUCAAAAGCUUUCUCUCUCAAUCAGAAGAAGAAAAAGAAGAGAACAAAAAAGGGGAAUAAAAAGCAAAAGUGUACCCGUAAAUAAUCCUCUUGCUGAUAUCGAGUGUUCUACUUCCUUUGAUGGCUCGAAUAAAUUUUCAAGAAGGUUCUCUAUUCGACGAUCAUUCAAAAGAAGAAAAGCAGACGAGGAACAAGUUCUAAAUGAUCUAAAUAAUAUCUUGAGAGUGAAUAACGAGGAUAGGGCCAUACUAGAGCAAAAUGAGCGGGAAGUUCCCGUUUACAAAAGUCGGUCGCCUGCUGAUUCAAGACCUGCUGGAAUGCAUAUGGAAAUUGAUGAUUCAUUUUCUACCGUUGUGAGUCGAAAGCCAGACAUUUUUGAAACAGGAGAAAAGAAGGAAUUCUACCAGACUAAGGAAAGAAAAUCUUUGAGCAAGGCUGUAAAGAGAAUAUUUAAGCACUUGUUCAGUCAAAAGACUAUUAAAAAUAAUGAGGAACAUGAUUUGAACAAUACAGAUCAAACUUUGGACUAUUCGAGUAGGAAAAGUCCGAAAUUUGGACCGGAUGAAACCUUUACAUUCAAAUCGCUAUAUAUGUCAAAUCAAACUUAUUUAGCUAUCUCAUCACGCCAAAGGUCAACCACGCAUAAUAAUGUUAAUCCCACCUAUUUAAAUCUACUUGCUGAGUUGGAUCCGGGAAACGAAUUUGAUACUGAAACUGAAAUCCUACGCAAUGAGGCAGUGAAUAAAGGCAAAGACACAUUUUUAAGUACCGUUUGGAAUAUAUGGGAUGAAACUAUAACUGAAUCAUACGAUACCGAGAAAAAGAAAACACUGUACAAUCUUCAUUUUUGCGUCUCCAUGAAAGUUUAUAAGUUUUCACAUAUCCAAAAAGCUAAUAAAGAAUAUGAGUCAAUAUUAAGGUUUCCUCAGAAUGAAAAUAACCAGGUUUUCAUAUGCCGUUAUGGAAUUAAACCUGGUGGCCAUGGCAUUUUCUCAGAGGGAUUACGAAUAAUAGUUAAUGUUCCUAGUUCGCAAGGAGAACAGAUGUGGUCAAUUACAAAUAAGUUAUUAUUCACCGAUGAUAUAUUCUGCUCCAAUUUUGAUAUACCAAUAUUUGCUCUUUCAUGGAAGAAAGGUGACUCAGAAUGUUUGGCUUUAUGCUAUUGGAUCUUUAAUAAUGAGAUGAACCUUUCGUAUGUUAGGAAUCUCACAAAGGUGCUUUCCAAUUUCUACCCACAGCAUCUAAAAGCAAUAUUCCACUCCGUGAGAUAUUUUUUCAAUAACACUAGAGAAGGCGGUUCUAUUGUACCUUAG